AUGACGAGUCAAUGGGACAGAUCGGGCGGAAUGGUCGAAGUCCGACCGUCUACGCUGGACUCGGAUUAUUUUGACCGCGAUCCUACAAGUAUGGCGUCCAUCGACCCAUGCUUCGAGGCUUUCGACGAGAGAUAUGUCACAUCAAUGUUCGCGAACAGCGGCAAUUACGACACAAUUUUUCAAAGCGACGCUUGGCCAACCGAAACAAUCGCAGGACCUGACACGCACCGCGCAAACUCACCGACCGUUCCUCCGUAUAACAUUCCCAUUCCGUUCCCGACCACAUCUAACGAGAUUGUUCCUGUGGCGCCGACUGCAUGGUCUACUGAAGACCCGCCCUUGUCACAAAGAAGCCCGGGGGUACCGUGGUGGUCACAGACUGUUACGAGAAGCAAUAACAAUCCAACAUCAGCGGAUGGUUGGGAAGCUGGCAUUCCGAACAACCAAGUUCACAACACCGCACUAAAACUUUUUCCCAGCUCGACUGCAGAUCUGAACUAUAGUGAUUCCGGUCGGGGCUCACCGCGAUAUGAUUUAUCGCGUAAGAGGAGGAAAUCUAAUGCCGCUGGACCAAACAAGGAGAAGAGGUCUGAGAGCAAACGGUUGGGAUUAGCAGUCGCUUCUACAUACUCCAUCGAUCCGCCCAAAACCCCAGUAUCCGCUACCUCCGAAAUCAGCCUCGAGCCGCCAGGCACAGAGGCCCGCCCAAAUCCGAGACGAUCAGGAAGUUCGAGAACAGGAAGCCCCAGCCACGAAGCACAGUCACAAUCACAAUCAAGACCAGCAAUACAACACGAACAGCGCGCUCGAAACCGUAAUGCAGCGGUCAAGUGCCGCGCAAAGACCAAGGCUGCCGCCACAUCGCUGGAGGCCACAGAGAGGGCCGAGUCACUGAGGCACCAGCAGCUGUCGGCGACUUUCAGGGGCUUGCAGGCCGAGGUCUUCGUGCUCAAGACCGAGCUGCUGCAGCACGGGAACUGCGAAGACCACGUAAUUCAGGACUAUCUGAAAAACACAGCCAUGUCGUUGACGAUUAGCGGCGGCGGACCGGGCGACGGCUUACCUUUUAUCAACUCGAGAUUCGCGUAA